AUGAAAGAAAAUGACAAUGAUCAAAAACUUCCAGCUAAAGCAACUGAUGACGAUAUUCAUAAAGUAUUAGAUGAUGAAAAAAGUGAAAAUAAUAAUGAAGAUGAAUCAAAUUCAUUGGUUUAUUUAAAAUCAUCUUCAAUUAUAUCAAUUUUAAUUAUUGUUAUUAUUUUACUUAUUUGUAUAUUAACAAUAAGUUUACUUAUUAAAACUAUUUUAUAUUCACGUGGUAUAACACAUCGAUUAUCAAUUUAUUUUGGUUUUACAUCAAAUCAAUCUUUUGAUGAAUCUAUAUUAACAUUUUGGACACCAAAAAGUAUCGACAAUGAACAAACAAUCGAAACAACUAUUGUUACUACUAGUUCUUCGUCGUUAUCUUCUUCUUCUGCCGUUCUAUUAAAUAAUUCUGAAAAAAAAAAACAAAUUAUUUUUCGAAAUAUUAUUCUUCCAUCACUUUUUCUUGUAUCAAUUCCUUGUGGUAUAUUAGCUUUUUAUAUACGUCGUCAUCUUAAUCAUUAUCCAGCAUGGGGUUCUCGACCAAAAAGAAAUACUAAACAAUAUAUUAAUAAAUAA